GACAUCCGGUCACGAGUCAAGUCAGAACGACCUGCCCGGAGCGCCAACAAACGGCCGAGUUCCGGCCUACAACUGAAACUGUUCACUUCAACGUAACGGCGGGCAUUUUGUGAACCCGUUUUCAUCACUUCUGGAUACAAACGGUGAACUGACGAAAGUACCAGGGACAUUCUGACUGAUAAUCCAAGCCACCAUGGCCGGCAAAUAUGUGACAACCGUGACGGGAAUGUCUGGAGGCCAAGCCAUCUAUUCCAACAUUGUAGGAAUAGGCAACAUAUAUGUCAACGCCCAGGCUAAGAGAAUUAAAGAUCGAACAAUUCGCCAGAUUGCUCACUUGACCAAAGGGAAGGCAAAGACAAAGGGGUUGGAAUCAGUCCUGAAGAAAAUCAACUCGGGAACAUCCUGGGUAACUAUUUCCGGUCCUGCUGGUGAGGGAAAGACAACAACAGCAUACAUGGUGCUGGGAGAACUGUUGAAUAACGGGAGGCAUGUGUACAAAGUUUCCACACCAGAUGAGUUUGCAGACGUGGUGUGUGACUUUAACCCAGUCAUCAUGGUUGAUGACAUAUUUGGUGACAUCGAGUUUGAAUACCAACGCUGGAAUAACUGGUACUCAGUGAUUUCGGAUGUCUUGAGUGUUGAAGAAGACCAAGAAGAAAUAUUGAACAACAAAUCAAACAGUAAACCAACAGUGAUAUUUGUGGGGCGAGACAAUGUUAUACACUCAUCGCUACGGCAUAUGGACAGGUGGUCUACUUUCUUCACAGAUUCCCAAUUUGUUGUAAGCAUUUCAAGUGACAGAGAUAUUCAAGAGAAGGUAAUAAUUUGGAAUGCUGUUGUGGUGAGGAGCGGCCCUACAAUUGAAGAAAGUAGAAUCCAUCAAAUAUGCCAACUAACAUGUCCCCAUGGCUUCCCACAUAUGUGCAAAUUAUUCGUAACCAUGUUCAAGGAAGAUCCGCAUAUACCUCUGGAAGAAUUCUUCAGGACUCCACUUAAAUUUUUAAAUCAAACAAUGACGAAGUUAAUGCUAGAUGAUUUUAAAGUAUGUCUUUUCAAGGAAAUGAUAAAGGGGGAUGGACUUGUCUAUUUCAGGACACUGAGCAAAUUGGAUCAAGGUGAAAACAUCAUUAGGGCUGCAUAUGAUCUGGUUGGAUCGUAUUUAUACGAAGAAGAGGACAGUUUCAUGUUUGACCAUGCUUCUAUAUAUGACAGCAUCGCAUCUCUUUUCUGUAUCGAAGAUCCAGCAUUUGUUAUUGAACAUUGUAGCCUUUCGUUCAUUCACCAAAGACUCCGUCUCAAAGUUUCAAACAACUCGUUUCUAGAUGAAUCAUCUACUAAGUCCGCCCAGACUGUAUUUAUAGCAUUUGACUAUUCUCCCGCUCUUGCUAAACGCUUUGCAUAUGAAAUUGGCUUGGGACAAUUGUAUCUUGUUCUUUCUCAUGCUGCAUGCAAAAUAUCACAGUUUGUUGUAACUUUCAUGGAAUAUCUGACAAAAUCCAACAUAGACCUCUUUGCAUCAAAAGACGACACAUUGGGUUAUUCCUUUUUGUUUCUGAUUCCAAGUAGCAACUCUGUGCACAUGUUAGCAAACCUUCUGGAACAAAAAGCAGAUUUGGAUGCACGUCAGACUGUGGAGGUAUUGUUUGGUGCAUGCUGGUUUGUCGCAGCGGAUGUCUUGAACUAUCUAACUGAACAUUUUGAAAUAGAUAUUAAUUCACGAGGAGAAAUUAAACCUCCUCAAGGAGAGAACUUGUUGCAUUGUACACCUAUCAUGAUUGCAACACAAAGCAAAGAUGAACAGUUUGUACAACAGGUUAUCUCACUGAACCCGGAUGUAAAUGCAGCUGACGUUAAUGGCAAAACAGUCCUUCAUUACUUGUGUGAGAAUGGCCUUACAUCUAUUGUGAAAGAUGUAAUUGACAGAAUAGAUGUUCUUGAUUGUAGAGACAUCCAUGGGUGUUCGCCUCUGUGGUAUUCAUGUAAGAACAAACACACAGACCUAGUGAGGCUUUUGGUAGCAAAAGGUGCUGCACUUGAUGAUGACGUUCUCCAAGUGGCAUGUAAGCAUUCUAAUUUGGAUAUUGUGAAUGUGUUCCUUGAUGAUGACAUAGUAGCAGCAGAAAAAACAGUUCAAUACGCAUUUCAUUCCGCUUGUGAAGGUGGAAACAUGUCAGUCAUUCAACGUUUGUUGAAGCUUGGCGUUUCAGUCCAUAACAAGAAUACAGAUGGUUUCACCCCACUCCAUUCAGCUUGUAAAGGUGGCCACGUUGAGGCGGUUAAGUUUCUGUGCGAGAGACAAGCUGAUAUCAACGCUGUUGCAGGGAAUGGAUACACACCUCUUCAUGUAGCCCAUGAGAACAGUAAUGUAGGAGAGAUAAGCUAUCUGAUGGAGAAAGGGGUAUCGUUGGUAGGAGAUAUUGCAAAACCAACGUCUACACCACCACUAACAGCCUCUACUGCGUGUGAAGUAGGUGAACGCCACGACAAUGAAAGAAAUGAUGUCAAGGAUCAUGAGUUCCCUACACUCGUCAAGCAACCCUCCAACUCUGGUGCAUUCAUCAGGCUCACACUUCCUGAUCCUGUGGACUAUUCAUGUCCAAAGGAGUCGGCUGCCAUCAUGACAGGAAUGUCUGGAGGCCAUGUCCAGAGAUCCAGCAUUGCAGGAAAGGGUAACAUAGUUGAGAAUGUCAGAGCUCAGAGAAUUAAAGAUCGGACACUUCGUCGGAUUGCUCACUUGACCAAAGGGAAGGCAAAGACAAAGGGGUUGGAAUCAGUCCUGAAGAAAAUCAACUCGGGAACAUCCUGGGUGACUAUUUCCGGUCCUGCUGGUGAGGGAAAGACAACAACAGCAUACAUGGUGCUGGGAGAACUGUUGAAUAACGGGAGGCAUGUGUACAAAGUUUCCACACCAGAUGAGUUUGCAGACGUGGCGUGUGACUUUAACCCAGUCAUCAUGGUUGAUGACAUAUUUGGUGACAUCGAGUUUGAAUACCAACGCUGGAAUAACUGGUACCCAGUGAUUUCCGAUGUCUUGAGUGUUGAAGAAGGCCAAGAAGAUUUUUUUGAUGACGAAUCAAACAGUAAACCAACAGUGAUAUUUGUGGGGCGAGACAAUGUUAUACACUCAUCACUACGACAUAUGAAAAUGUGGUCCACUUUCUUCACAGCUUCCCAAUUUGUUGUUAGCAUUUCAAGUGACAGAGCUGUUCAAGAGAAGGUAGACAUUUGGAAUGCUGUAGUGAUGAGAGGUGGUCCAGAGCUAGAUAAAGACGAAAUCUACCGCAUUUGUCAGCUAAAAUGUCCCCAUGGCUUCCCACAUGUGUGUAAAUUAUUCACUACAAUGUUUAAGGGAGGAAGCAAUGUUUCAGUUGAAGAAUUCUUCAGAGCACCACUCAAGUUUCUGAAUCAAACAAUGAAGAAGUUAAUGCUAGACGAUUUUAAAUUACGCCUUUUCAAGGAAAUAAUAAAGGGGGAUGGACUUGUCUAUGUCAGGACGCUGAGAAAAAUGGAUAAAGGUGAGAACAUCAUUAGGGCUGCAUAUGAUCUGGUUGGAUCGUACUUAUACGAGGAAGAGGAGGGUUUCAUGUUUGACCAUGCUUCUAUAUAUGACAGUGUCGCAUCUCUUCUCUGUACAGAAAAUCCAUUGUUUGUUAUUGAACAUUGUAGCCUUUCGUUCAUUCAUCAAAGACUCCGUCUCAAGGUUUCAAACAACUCGUUUCUGGGUGAAUCAUCUGCAAAGUCCACCCAGAUUGUAUUUAUAGCAUUUGCUUAUGCCUCUGAUCUUGCUAAACGAUUUGCAGAUGAAAUUGGCUUGGGGCAUUUGUAUCUUGUUCUUUCUCAUGCUGCAUGCAAAUUGUCACAGUUUGUCAGCACCUUCAUGGAAUAUCUGACAAAAUCCAACAUAGACCUCUUUGCAUCAAAAGACGACACAUUGGGUUAUUCCUUUUUGUUUCUGAUUCCAAGUGGCAACUCUGUGCACAUGUUAGCAAACCUUCUGGAACAAAAAACAGAUUUGGAUGCACGUCAGACUGUGGAGGUAUUGUUUGGUGCAUGUUGGUUUGUCGCAGCGGAUGUCUUGAACUAUCUAACUGAACAUUUUGAAAUAGACAUUAAUUCACGAGGAGACAUUAAACCUCCCCGAGGAGAUAUCUUUUCAUACUGUACACCUAUCAUGAUUGCAACACAAAGCAAAGAUGAACAGUUUGUACAACAGAUUAUUUCACUGAACCCGGAUGUAAAUGCAGCUGACAUUAGUGGCAAAACAGUCCUUCAUUACUUGUGUGAGAAUGGCCUUACAUCUAUUGUGAAAGAUGUAAUUGAUAGAAUAGAUGUUCUUGAUUGUAGAGAUAUCUCUGGUGCUUCGCCUCUGUUAUAUUCAUGUAAGAAUAAUCAGCAGGAUAUAGCAAAGCUUUUGAUGAACAGAGGAGCCAAAUUUGAUGCACAGAUAUUCAGGGUUGCUUGUAAGCAUUCUGAUCUAGACAUUGUGCACAUGUUCCUUGAAAAUGGAGCGGCUGGAACUAUCAUGAAAGAGGAUCAUUUUGGAAACUCGGCCUUCCAUUCAGCCUGUCAAGGUGGGGAUAUAGCAAUUAUCAAGUGUCUAUCUAAAGCUGGGUUUUCAGUACAUGAUACGAAUAAAGAUGGCUUCACCCCACUCCACUCAGCUUGUAAAGGUAAUCACAUCGACGUGGUGAAGUUCCUGUGUGACAGAGAAGCCAAUGUCAACGCUGCUGCAGAGAAAGGAUACACACCUCUACACGUAGCCUGUCAGGAAAGCAGUGUGGAAGUAAUAUCCUAUCUGUUAGAGAAAGAAGCAGAUGUACAUGCUUAUGGAGGCAGAUAUGGUGCGAAGCAAACAUGUCCAAUCCACGUGGCUUGCUUCUGGCAUUUGCCAGAGAACAUCACAUGUCUUCUUCAGAACGGAGCAAAUGUUAACUCUCGUGAUGGAGAAGGUCAAACUCCACUACAUCUUGCAGUUGGGAUCACAGCCGACCAGGACAAGGAAUACCCUUUAUUCAGGCAGGAUUCGCUCACAUGUGAAACAGUGGACAUUCUCAUGGCAGCUGGAGCUGGUGUCAACAUCAAAGACCAUGCACAUAAGACACCUCUUCACUACAUUCACUCAUCAAAUUUGAAAGUGCUCGGGAAACUUAUUGAAGCAGGUGCAGACAUUAAUUUGAAAAGUAAGAGUGGGUAUACACCUCUCCUAGAAAUAAGUAGAAAGUCAUUUACCCUGAACGACCCUUCAUCGAUGAUUUUGUUGAUGGUUGAGCAAGGAGCUGAUGUAAAAGCAGCUGAUUUGUCGGGACAAACCUGCCUUCAUAAAGUUCUGAGGAUCUUCUCACAUAACUUUAAGAUGCAGCGUCAGUCAUAUAUGUUCCUGAUUGAACAGGGUGCUGAUCUGAACAAACAAGAUGCUGAAGGCAACACACCUCUCCAUAUGCUGUGCAGAGUAGAGGAAGACACUGAUGUCAUUACCCUUGACGGCAAUCUCACAGAGGCUGAGAUGUAUAAAAAUGACUUAAAGAUGAUAUUGGAAGAACUUAUCACGAAAGGAGCUGAUAUUAACAUCCUAAACAAGAAAGGGACACCUGCUCUCCAUGGCUGGUGCUCGACUCUUGUCAGCUGUGAUUUGAUCUGACUUUUUAUGUUUACUUUUGUUACAGUAUGGCCUUGACUGUGACCAAUUAACCUUGACUCAUGUUGUACAGAUAAUGUUAUAUUUCACAAAUUGAGGGAGUGUGAGUGAGUCGGGUUUAACACCGCUUUUAACAGUAGUCCAGUUAUAUCGCAGCAUAUCAGCUUAAUGUGGGAGGAAAGCCAGAAGUGAUGCAGGUCUCAGACGUUUACCACUUCGGUGAAACCCACGAGCAUGGGUAUGGUGCUGACAAACUUCACAAAUUGAACCAGAGAGUAGUUUGCAUCACAGAAGCAGUCCCGUCACCACAAUUUCCCGAAUGAUCCAAACUGCCCACCAGAAACAACAUGAAUCCGGAACCUUUAUGAUUUUACUUGAAUUUGCAAAUAUGCUGGGACGGCUAAAUUGCACGAACCCCAUGGUAUAAGAAAGUACUGAUUUCAAAGAUCACCUCACGACUCUUGCUCUGAAGUUGUUUGAUCAAGGUUACAACAUCCAUUCACUGAAAACAAGAAUAUUGGCUAUUACUAUUCCUCUUAGAAUAAUCAGUUCAUCAGCACAACACCUGAUAUUUCUUCAAUAAACUGUGUUU